AUGGACUCACAACUCCAUGGGGUUCAUUCCUUCAGUACACUGUUACAACAGGGGGAAGAAAGCUACAAUGACUAUCUCCCAUCUUUGAAUGACUUAGAGUCGCAAUAUACUCCAUCCAAUCCAGAAGAUUGGAGUAGUAGAAAAACUAAAUCUAGGAAAGGAAAUUUUAGCACAGAAGAGGACAACUUGCUAGUUUUAGCUUGGCUGAAUACUAGUAUGGACCCAAUCAAUUGGGUUGAUCAAUCAAAAUAUUCAUUUUUGUCUAGAGUUCAUGAAUAUUAUGAGAAAAACAAAAAAUCUAUAUCUUCUGAACGUAGUUCAUGGUCUAUUAGAAAUAGAUGGUCUACUAUCCAACUUGCUACCAAUAAGUUUUGUGGGGCCUUAGCUCAAUAUGAAAGAAGGUCUCCAAGUAGGGCUAAUGAGCAAGAUAAGAUUGAGAAAGCCAAAGAGUUCUACCGAAAAUCUGUGGCUGAGGGUAGUAGUAUGAAAGCUAAAAGAAGAUCAAUAAUUCAAGAUGGUCAUGCACCAGAGUUCAUAGAUGAAGAUACUGCAGCACCAUCUUUAGAUGUGAAUUUAGAGAGACCAAUUGGAAAGAAGGCUGCAAAGAAGCGAAAGAGGCAAGAGGACAACUCUUCCAAUCUUAUUGAUUUGGUGAUUGAAAUAAAAGGGGAGAGAAUCAAAUCUAAUGCUGAGAAGGGAGAAAUUAGGAAAGAGUAUGCCUGCAUUGCAAAAGAAAGGCUUGAAUUGGAUAAACAGAAAGAAGAGAAUGAAAUCAUGAGGAGGGAGUUAGAAAUUAUGAGAGUAGAUGUAUCAACUUUAUCUCCAACGCAACAAGAGUAUUUCCGUACCCUCCAAUUGGAAAUACUUGAGAAGCAAAGUCUAGAAAGCCAUGAUUUAGAUGGUGUUUGGGCUGGUAUUUUUGGUAUUCUUGAAAGGUAA